AGUCAGUGUAGAUGUCGGCGGUGUCAUACGAACACAAGCAUAGCAGGCUACAGAUUUCUAAGUACACACACACAUAGGAUGGUUAUUCAUUGCGAGCGAGUUGGCGCGAGACAGUAAGGGGUACCUGAUUUGUAUUGUUCGUUAGACAAAACCUCGUGUCACAUAUAUCCCUGCCUCUACGAGUUUAUAGAUUUUAGAUCUUGUUAAUACUUGUUUUCAUUUGGGCAGAACCUAGAUAAUUAUAACAGCCAAAAUGUUCUGGGGCUUAAUAAUGGAACCGAACAAACGGUAUACGCAAGUCGUCGAAAAAUCAUUCCACGUGUCGAUGGCGAGUUUAGACCUCACAGCGGCCGAUGAGAAUUUGGUGCAAGUAAUGUUAGGUUACGACAAUAGGAACUAUUUACUUUGCAGUUUAAAAAAAGGCUCGACGUGGCAAGUACCACUCGAUUUAAAUUUUCAAGAAGGGACUAAAAUUGCGUUCACAUGUAACGGUCAAGGUCAUGUGCAUUUAACCGGUUAUGUGAUAUCCGACGAUGACAUGGAUUUAGAUGAACUGGAAGAUGAAGAAGAGGAAGAAGAAGUACCACAAUUGGUUGAUAAAAAAUCUAAGAGGAAAGCUACAGAAUCAUUGAAGAACGAGAAUAAUGCUAAGCGAUUUAAACAAGUGAUAGAGACAGAAUGUUCGGGAGAUGAAGAAAUAGAUUUGGAUGGUAGCGAUUCUGAUGGUUCGGACAGAGAGGGCGAAGAUUCUAAAGUAAAUCAGGAGGAAGGAGAAAACAGUGACGAAAGUGGAGAUGACAAUGAAGAGGAACAAGAAGACGAACAAAACAAGUUAAGGCCUCAUCAAAAGGAUAAAAAGAAUAAGCAACAAGAAAAGAAGAAGGAAGAUAUAAAUAAAUUAGUAAAUGGCAAAGAUACGAAAUUGGAUCAGCCAAAUAAACAGAAGAAAAAUAAGGGAAAACAACAGCAAUCGAAUGAACAAAAUGCUCAAAGUAAUCCGAAGAAAAGGCUAGUCGAAGGUGGAGUACAAAUAGAAGAGUUGAAACUAGGUAGUGGUACGCUGGCAAAAGCUGGAAGAUUUGUAUCUGUAUACUACGUGGGUCGAUUGAAGAAUGGAAAGAAAUUCGACUCAACGACGCAAGGAGAAGGUUUUAAAUUUAAAUUGGGAAAGGGUGAAGUAAUCAAAGGAUGGGACGUUGGUAUCGCAGGAAUGAAAAUUGGAGGGAAACGACGUAUUACGAUACCACCAACUAUGGCUUAUGGUGCAAAGGGUUCACCUCCAGUUAUUCCAGGCAACGCUACACUUGUAUUUGAAGUUGAACUUAGAAAUGUCCAUUAAAAAUUACAUAUAUUUUAUCGGCUUGAUGUUUCGUUGAGCAAUCUAUAAUGUAUUUUGAAACAGAGAUGGAAUAUCCAACCAUCUUCUUUAAUUAUCCAACUUGAAGAUAUUGCGACUUUUAAUAUAUUUUAUACUAUACAAUAUCACAUUUAGAUUCUUAUAUAGUUCAAGUGUGAUGUACGAAUGUAUUUGAACAUAGCGUAACGGAUUAUUAAUUAUGAUUAUACAUACAAUUUCUGAAAACAUUCAACAAUUCUGAAAUGAUUUGUUAAGCAUUGAAUUAAUAAAUAGCGUUUACAAGUA